UUGAGACUUUAUCGGUUCACCAAACGCACACUUCAAGCCAGUUGUUGAAUAUACUUUCCAUUCCACAGUCUUGAUUUUUUUUCGUCGAUUUUUAAGCAGUGUCCCAUCCGAAACAAAAAAAACUUUGUAAUCUUCGAAGCCCCAUGCACCCGCAAUAAAACAUGUUCAGCAAAUUAAAUUUAAUGGUAACGCUGCUGACAACUCUGACAGCAAUCAAACACAUCCAAUGCAACGAUAACUUACGCGUGGCUUAUCAAUGGAACGAAAUCGAUUUCGAGUAUCGGAGUGCACAAGAUCGUGAAGAAGCAAUCAAUGAAAGAUCAUUCAUACCAGGUCACGUGGUACCCGUUGGACUGGAGGUGUAUAAAACAAGAUUGUUUAUUACAUUACCUAGAUGGAAGAGCGGUGUACCGGCGUCUUUGGCAUAUAUUGACAUAAAUGACAAUACCACAAUUUCUCCAAAGUUAAAACCAUAUCCAAGCUGGGGAGCCCAUCAACAAGGGAUAUCUGGUGAGCCACCAGAAAUAGUGUCGCCGUUCCGUGUGAGAGCUGAUCGCUGCGGACGAUUGUGGGUGUUGGAUACGGGUGUCGAUGACAUCCUCGGUGACACGAAACAACUGACGCAAACCCAACUUCUUAUUUACGAUCUGCACAAUGACAAUCUGUUGCGUCGCUAUCCAUUUCCGUCCGAUCAAACGAAAAAGGAAUCGUUUUUCGCUAACAUCGCUGUUGAAGAUGCCGAUUGCGAUGAUACUUAUGCUUAUAGUGGUGAUCUCGGUGCGCCUGGAUUAGUGGUCUAUUCCUGGAAAUUGCAGGACUCGUGGCGAGUCACACAUCACUAUUUCCAUCCGGAUCCGUUAGCUGGAAACUAUACGAUAGCUGGUAUCAAUUUCCAAUGGGAGGAUGGCCUAUUCGGCUUAGCACUCAGUAAGCAACAAUCCGAUGGAUUUGCAACACUCUACUUCCAUCCAUUGAGCUCAACCAACGAGUUUUCGGUUUCCACCAAAGUGUUAAGAAACAAAACGUACGCAAUGUCCGGCGAAAAAUUCAAAGAAUUUAAGAUUCUUGGUUCGCGUGGACUCAAUGGACAAUCGGGCGCCGCAUUUUUGGACCAACUGACUGGCGUUCUUUUCUACGCUCUUCCGAAUUUGAAUGCCGUCGCAUGCUGGAAAACAUCGAACCGCGAAUACACAUUCAAGUCUCAAGGAAGAGUGUACAUGAGUCCGAUCGAAAUGGUCUUCCCCAAUGAUGUCAAAGUGGACGAUCAAGACAGACUUUGGGUGCUAUCCGACAAUUUACAGGAUUUGCUGUACUCCGAAUUGGACCGAAGUCGAACGAAUUUCCGAAUUCUGACGGAGCAUGUUAAAAGUGCUAUCGAGAAUACUGCCUGCGAUACAACACUGGCUCCAUUGCCGGAUAUAAUCAAUAGGCUCGGAGAUAUUCUUCGGCCACAAACAACGCCGGCACCAUCGAGUGCCUCUACACUGGAGGCAAUUCUUUUCACAGUGAUUGGACUGUGGGCACUACUAAAUUUGAUCAAUUAUAAUUAACUUACAGUUUUUGACCGUGAAGGGUUGGGUACUUGUCAUUGUAGUAACCGCAACCAUUAAGUCAUUUAGUGAUAUACUGUUAUUCGAGACCGACGAUGUAUAGUUUGUGAUGAUUACCGUCAGCAUUUUAGUGCCACUUACUAGAACGUUUAAUCAAAUUUGACCCGCUAAGUGAUCUAAUCUUAUCCAGAAAUCGUGCAAAUAUCACGAUUUUGAGUGGUAACCUUAGAUUCGUCAAUGCAUUAGAGAAUUGAAGAACAAUAAAUUGUAAUUUUACAAACGAUUAGUCGUCUGUUAUCGACAACCAGGGCAAGAAUAAGCGAUAAAUGUUUGGUAAAACUAGUGAAGUAAAAGAUUUUGCACAGUUAAACGAAAGAAGUAGCAGAAAGCAAAUUCAAUUGGUGUUAAGGUAAUACGCUUGCCUUUUUACAAAGGGUCUCGUUUCUAACACGCACAUUGGUCACAAAACUAUUGAUGCAUAUCACUAAGACGGUCAACAAAUAGGGUCUAAUUACACCACUAAGACGAUCACCAAAUUAGGGUCUUAUUGAGCAUUAAUGGUUGUGGUUACAACGAUUUAACGGUAUCUCAAUCUCCGAUACCAAUGUACUCUUGAAAUAUAUUUAAAGUAAAAUGCAAAUAGUUCACCAAUUUCUAUGCUCUCUAAAGAGUUCGUUAGUUCUUGUUAAGCAUAUUCUACCUAAAUUAAAUGCCAUAAAAAUACAAAAUUUACCGGUCGUCUCAAAGUAACCAAAAGUUAAUCAUUUUUUCCUUCGGUGUCAAUCUUAAAAAUGAAAAUUGUUAAA